UACAUCACUGGCGUGCGCGCUGCCCUGCAGUUGGUUUGUUCUCUGGCAAAAUUCUGUAAAACUUGUUAUUUUGUUGAAAAUACAUAAAUAGUUCAUAAUGGCAUCCAUACUGCGCACGGGCAAACUGUUGCGUUACUUUGCGGGCUUCACGCGCAACGUUGUCGUCAACUCGGUGCGCGACUGCGAGAGCAACAAUCUGCUGCAGUCGGCGCCCUGCAUGUGCGGACAGUUCCAGAACGGCUUUGCUAGCAAUGCUGCUGCCACGAAGGCGGAGCACAGUCUGGACAAGCAGAUACGUCGCUUGGAUCAGGAUGCGCGCCGCAUGGGUCGCAUCUCCCGGCGGGAUUUGGAGGAGGUGCUCGACGAGAUACGCACACACCGUACGGCCACCAGCUCGCAGUCGCUGCUUGUCAUACGCUGUUGCGGCAAUCUGGUGCCGGAGGAGCUGCCCGAGGUGCGCACUGCCCUGGUCCAGGAGAUUUGGAAGACCCUGAAUGCCCUGAAUGUGCCCAUGGAUAUAUCGCAUUAUAAUGCACUGUUGCGUGUAUAUCUGGAGAACGAGCAUCAGUUUGCGCCCACCGAUUUUCUCGCCGAGAUCGAAGCCAAGGGCAUCGAAGCGAAUCGUGUGACCUAUCAGCGCCUGAUUGCGCGCUAUUGCCAGCAGGGCGACAUCGAAGGCGCCACACGCAUCCUGGAGUACAUGCGCGGCAAGAGCCUGCCGGUCAACGAGAACGUCUUCAACUCCCUGAUACUGGGACACUCGCAGGCCAACGAUCUGGAGUCCGCGAAGGGCAUUCUGGGCGUGAUGAAGCAGGCGGGCUUGGAACCCAGCGCCGAUACCUACACGACGCUUUUGUGCGCCUUUGCGCGCCAUGGCGAUAUUGAGGCCUUGCAGUCGACGCUCGCCGAGUGCGAGCCCAAGGAGAUCAUCUUGCUGGACAAGGAUCUGCUGGACAUUAUCUACACGCUGACGGUGCACGGACAUGGCGAGCAUGUGGACGCGCUGCUGGGCAAGCUGCGCAUCUCGCCGGGUUUCAAUCAGGAUGCAGUCAAUAUCAUACUGCGUCUGGUCAACAAGGGCUACGAGGAUGUGGCGUUGAAGCUGCUCCGCUUGAUGCCACGCGGCACGCGCGUCAAUGGCGAGCCAGUCGACGUGGGCGCCUUCUACAUACGCCAGCUGGUCAAGGCGAAUCGGCCGGUGGAGAAGAUCCUAAGCAUUUGCCGCACGCUGCAGGCGGAGGGCCUCAAUCCCAAGGCGCUGACCAUUGCCACCGAGGCGGGUCUCACCAAUGGCGUGAUGAACAAUGCCCUGCCCCUGCUGCAGGAGAUGAAGCAACUGGGUCUGCCCAUACGCCAGCAUUAUUUCUGGCCCUUGUUCUGCUCCGUGGAGUCCAACCAGGUGCUGGACGUUGUCCGGCGCAUGCAGCAGGAGUUUGCCCUGAAUCCCAAUUCGGAAACAGUGCGCGACUAUGUCAUACCCAAUCUCAAGGAGAAGAACUGGGAGCGCGUUGUCACUGUGCUGCGCGAUGCGGGCGUGCCCAACUCCACGGCCGUCACCUCGGCCGUCUACGCGGCGCUGACCACACAUCAGAUAGCUGAUGCUGCCCGGAUUAUGGAAGCGCAUCGUGCCUACUAUAUGCCCAUGAUCUUCCGCCAGCCGCUCAUCCUGGCGCUGAGCAACACCAACGAUUUUGCCUCCUUCAUACGUUGUGUGCGCCAAAUGCACGAGGGCCUGCAGCUGCGCGCCGGCAAGGAGGCGGCAGAGGAGGGAGAGCGAGUCGCUAGCGAUGCAGAGGCCGAUGCCACGCCCGAACGCAAUACAAUCGAUGUGGUGGGCACCAUUGUCCAGGAUGCGGCCAUCUAUUUCCGGCGCGAACGCGUGCCCAUGCUGGAGAAAAUCUUGCAGGGCCUGGUCAAGCAGGGUCUGUCCAUAAGCAGCGCCAAGGCCACCGCCUUAUCCGAACUGUUGGGCUCUGAGAUGACGCCCAAGAUCGCCGAGGAGCUGGGCAAGCUCACCUCCGGUGAACUGGAGCCCAUUCCAUUGCCCAACAGCGGCAAACGCGCAUUGGACACGUUGACCGUUGAUGAACUGGAACGUUUCAUCAAGAAUGUGGAGGCCAAGGGCGAUAAUGCCAACAACAUUAAGCGUCAGCUGCUAAAUGCCUGCUUCCGUUCGCAGAACCUGGAGAAGACGCUGCAGGUGAUCGAGCGUCUCGAGCAGGAGAAAUUCCAGAUACCUGUCGGCAUCUUUGCCCAGCUCGUCGAUCUGUACACAUUUCACAAGCGCAGCUCCGAUGCACUGAACCAGUACAACAAGUUGCGUCAAGCGGAUGCCAAUUUCAAGCUGGACAACUUUAAGGCGGUGCGGCUCGCGGAUCUGCUGCUGCAGGAGGAGCGUGAGCAGGAGGCGCUGCAGCUGCUCCAGGAGAAUCAAAAGGAUGCGCCCCACAACGAGGGCGAGGGCAGCUUCAACUACACGAGCACCGUGUGGCGCAUACUCAAUGCCAUUGCCGAAACGGGCGAUGCGGAGAAACUGAGGCGCAUCUUCGAUGCCCUCGUCGCGGGCAACUAUGUGGUGCCCACCAAUGUGGUGUUGGGUCCCUUGAUUAAGGUGCAUUUGGCCCGCGAUGAUAUACCCAAGGCAAUUGACGCCUUCGAGCAGAUAUGCCAGCAGCACAAGGCGACGCCGUGGAAGAACGAGCUCGCCUGCCGUCUCAUUCAGAAGGAGGAUGCGGCGAAUCUGCAGCGUCUCACAGAUCUGAGCACGAGCAUACACGGCGAGGUGAACAGCCUGUACGAUUUGGUGUUCUCCUUUGUGGAGUGUGGUCGAGUGCGACAGGCGCGCAAAAUUCUGGAGACGCCCGGACUGCGCACUAGGCCGCAGCGCAUCAGCAGCGCCUGCGAUCGUUACAAGAACGAGGGCAUGCUCCAGCCGCUGGAGGGUCUGAUUGAGGCUACGAAGGAUCUGGGCCACAUUGAUCGCAACAAGAUUUACUACACGCUGCUGCUCAGCUAUGACAAGGCCGAUGAGACGGAAAAGGCGCUCGGUCUGUGGACCAAAAUGCAAGAGGAGGCCGUCACGCCCACGGAUGCGUUCCUGCUCAAGCUGGCCGAGUUGCUCAAGCGCAAGAAUAUGGAGGUGCCGUUCGUGGUGCCCGAAACGCAGCAGUCCAAGAGCAGACGCCUCAAGGCAGCCAAAACGGACCAGCCAUCGGCCAGGCAGGAGCUGAAGGAGGAGUCCAACGUGCAGGAGCCCAAGGUGGAAUCAGCAGCAGCACCGAAGCAGAUCUCCAACGUAACCAGCUUCCGUCGUGCCAUUCAGCACAAUGAUCCUGAUGCCGCCAUCGAGCACCGAAAGCGUUUCACAAGCUCGGACAAGCCCGGCGUGAUGGACACCUCGCGGCUCAUUGAGCUGCUCGUCCGCGCCGAUCGCCUGACGGAGGCCAGCAAAUAUGUGGAUGAGCUGCUUGCCAAUAAGCAGCAUCCCCAGCCAAAGAUAUUCAAAUACUAUUUGAACAAAAUUGCCGCCUCGGGCGAUGUGGAGGCGCUGCAGCGCAUCGGCCAGCAGCUCAACGAUGAACAGAAGCGUCUCGUGUCCUUCGAUAAUCGCUAUUGCCACGCCAACAUUGUGGCCGGCAAGGCCGAGCAGUUUCUCAAGCAGCUAAGCACGGAGGUUGAAGCGGCCAAGUCGCCCGAGGAGGCGGCCAAGUUGGCCGAAAAGUUUCCGCGCGGCGGCGCCGUGGGCCUCCUGGAGAGGCAUCCCGAACUGAUGGCGCAAUACGAAUCUUUGGCUGAGAAGUACGCGGCCCACAAUCAGCUUGGCCCCAUGAACGUCUUGUGGAUGCACUUGAUAUCGACCGGUCAGGAGACGCCUUCCAAGCAAAUCUGGGAUAAGCAUUUGUCCAGUGCGCCACGUCUGAUGUUCCAGCGUGUGCUGCAAACGGCGCGCGAACAGCAGGACGAGAAGCUGGCUGCGACGGUCAUUUCACAGCUGCGCGGCAGCAAAAUAUCCGAGGGUGCCAUCGGCAAUGCCUACUCCUGUCUGCUGGACAUACAGACGAACAAGGGCAACACGGACAAGGCGCUGGAGGUGCUCUCGAAUGCCAUCAAGGAUGUGUCGCUGGAGCACAUCAAUCGCACCGCGCUGCUGCGCCUCAAGCAGGCCGUUGAGGCCAAGUCACAAACGUUUCCCUACACAGUGCCCGAGAAGCGCACCAAGGCGAACGAGUCCAGCUCCUCGAGCAGCAGCAGCAGCAGCGAUGAUGACGAUGUGGCGCCCAAACGACCCGAAACGAUGCCAACCAAGCCGGAACGAGCUUAGAGGCAUAUAAUAAUAAAAGAGAUGUUCAGUUUCUUAGUUUAAUCCUAAUCUUAUGACUAUAUAGUAUGUAUUGAUUGUUAAACAAAAUAUAUAUUUAAUGGAUAUGUUUUUGUUGCUAA